AUGUCGAGGAGCAAGCCCACCAAGCGGACAUUGGACAUCCCAUCCAGGUCUCCCAGUCCGCCGACAGUCAGGCCGUCCAUCUCAGGCUCGAAGUCGCACGCAGCCGAACCAGAUGUCGAGGGCGGUGUCGAGUACUGGAGAAGCGUCGCUGCUACAGUAGACGGGGUACUGGGAGGGUAUGGAAAAGGAACUCUACCUCGAGUGGAUGCCCUUGGAAGUCGCUUGUUCCUGCUUGGCGUAUUGCCUAGGUUGGACAAGGUCAAAAGCAGCAAAGAGCAACUCAAUGGAGCGCCAGAGACCAGUCUUAGCAGGUCGGCAAGGACUGAAAGGCGGACGAGGGGAUUGGAUACGGGCGCUGGGGUCGGACGGGUCAGCAGGGAUGUGCUAAGCAGAUUGCUGCAACAUGUGGAUCUCGUCGAGCCUGCGGAGAAUGUGAGUGGCGUGUAUGCGCCUGCUGACCUCACGCAAUGUCGUGUGAAGCAUUGGGGCCUGAAUUGUGGCUCCUGAAUCUGCUGCUUUGCUCCUUUUCUGGUGCAGCUGCUCGCGGAAGCGGUGCGGACUUCUCCGAGCUGGCCAGCCCUAAAACCCAUCGCCUCCGAUGACAGUAGUGCCUUCUCGUCAUCAAGCACACAACUGCCUUCUAUUUCCUUUUUUCUUUCCACGCUACAAGACUGGACACACUGUCUCGCGUCUUCGCUGACCGCGCAGCAACACAAACUUCGCGAAGAAGCUCGCUUUGCGCCUGACACUGUAAGCGGCAGCUCAAAGGCGCAGAAGGGUGGAGAUAACGACGAACAAGUGCUGUACGACGUUGUCUGGGCUCAGUGGAUGCUGCAACAUCUUUCAGACGAAGACCUCAUCAAGUUCUUGCAAGCAGCCAAAAAAUCGCUCAUCAGACCUGAUCUGACAAACGGCGCGGUAGCAAAAGAGUCAAGCAAAGGUGCUAUCUUGGAUGGGUCGGGCUGCAUAUUCGUCAAGGAAAAUGUUUGCCAAGAGAAAGAGAGCGGCGAAGAGAACGUGUGGUUUGACGAGGAGGACAAGAGCAUCACAAGGUGAGUACUAGCGGCUCAUGGAACCCUCUUUCUUCCCGUCGUCCAUGCGAGAAAGCUGAUACAAUCUGCUUCACCAUCCGCAGGUCUCGGAAAGCGUUCGAACGAGUAUUCGAAAGUGCGGGGCUGGAAAUCAUCAAGACAGAAGUGCAGCUCGGCUUGCCCGCCGAACUCUUCGCGGUCAGAAUGUGAGUCCACGCGAGACGCGUGGUGGGUGUCAUAUCGGCGAGCUCAUAUGCUCACCGCAAGCUCGCCAACGUGGUGCGGUCCGACUGCAGGUGGGCUCUCAGGUGA